AUGAGUGUCAUGCCUCAACAACCGCUUUUGAAUUACACAGUGGAGGCUAUUGGGACACUUUCUUGUACAAAUGAUGGCAUAUAUCUUGUUGGAGGAGCUUUAUCUGGAUAUGUUUAUCUAUGGGAUGUGACCAGUGGAAAAUUGUUGAAGACUUGGAGGGCUCAUAAUAAAUGUUUAAACUGCAUGUUAUUUUCAUUUGACAAUUCUCUUCUCAUUUCUAGCUCAGAUGAUGGAAUGAUUUGUGUUUGGUCCAUGAUUAGUUUGUUAGACAUAGAAGAAACGAGAAGUUCGCCGCCUCCAUUACAUUAUUUGUCUGGACAUAUAUCCUCCAUAACAGGUCUUUUAACUGCACCAAAUAGUUACUACUCGAUUUUAAUAUCAAGUUCCCUUGAUGGCACGUGCAAGGUUUGGGAUUUUAUCUCAGGAAAGCAUAUGCAAACUCAAGUUUAUCCUUUUGCCAUAACUUCCAUUGCCCUUCACCAAAGAGAAAGUCUUUUGUUUUGCGGAACAGAAAAAGGAAUGAUAUUUGUCGAGAAGCUCGAUGUUGGUGGUGGAGAAGGUCCUUUUCUUGUCAUUAAAGGGCAGCCACUUGAACUGAAAGGACACAGUGGAGCCAUUACUGCCUUAACCUCAUCUCGAUCAUUCCUAAUAUCUGCCUCUGAAGAUUGUUCGAUUUGCAUUUGGGACAUCUUCAGUUGGGAAAUCACUCGAAGGUUUAGUCUCCAAAAAGGGAAAGUAACCAAUCUUGUGGUGGUUUCACGAUCUUCGUUACUUUCUACAUCAAAAAACAGGAGAGUCUCGAAUGAAUAUAUUAUUUCUCCACUUGAAAAGUAUCCGCAAAUGUCCAACUCAAUCAAGGGAACUCUCCAUUCCUCAUUAUAUAGAGGAAAUCAAACUUGCAUUGAUUUGAAAAGUUCUGAAUUAUUGAAACAGAAGAUUUUUGAUACACAGAAAGAUGUACCAACAAUCACAACCUUGCAAAUGAGAGUGGAAGCAAGUGUAAAGAAUCAUGUAUGGGCAACAAACAUGACAAAACAUGUCAUGGUGAUAAACAAACAGUUGAAGUCAACACUAUUAGGCAUGAUGCAGCAUAGAUUGUUUCGUCCAAACAACAUCAACUUGCGAAAAACUAGUACAAAGAAACCCAAAAUUUAGAGUUUGGUGUAAGAAGAUGGAAAUCAAAUACAUUGCUCAAGCUAUGCUUUAGUGGAAAUGAACUUAAGGUUUUAUCUCCAAAAUUGUAUAAGUAGAUGCUCGCUAUUAAUUGCUUGAA